GGAAGAACCAGGUGUUUUGAAGUAGAGGAUGAAAGCACCAACUGAGCAGCCUUCUCUGAAAGUUGGAGGAAAAGUGGGCUCAGCUGAGAACAAAUUAGAACAAGCUGACAUGGAAUUAAAGCAAUUUCAAGCUCCAUCUGAGGUUUUCCUACAUUUACUUCAUGUAAUAACUAAUUAUUCUUUCCAGCCAACCUGUGGAGCUAUUACUGUUCUUGAUAUAUGAAGGGGUUGAGGGUGUGCAGUGCCAAACCAGCCCCUUUCCAGUGUGCCUGUUGAAAAUGCUCCCCAGUGCUGCCUCUGCCCCUGAGGAACCCAUCACACCUUAGAGGCUCCCUUUGGCUUUGCACUUAAAGAUAUUGUUCAUAAUGCCAACUGCAUCUUCAUCAGCUUCCUAGAGAACCGAGCAGUUGAAGCUGACGGAUCACUUGCUAUGCCAGCUAGAGCUGUGGUCCCAGCUGCCCUGAGUGAUCAGAGCCUGGCUAACCCGCCAUGCUUCACUCCCUGCUGUGGUCGUACAGGCCACAGAUGAGAGGUUUUCUUGAGGAGUUUGACCAUUACUCUUCCUUGGUCAAACUCAUGUCAGUAUACCAAGCAACUAACAGGACCACCUUCAAUUGGACAGACAGCCGCAUUGUGGAGUGGGAGAAAUUUGCGGAGCUGGCUAAAUAUGAGCCAGAGUCCCAGAAGCCAACAGUGAAGGCUCUCCUCAUCGUGGCCUACUCGGUGAUUAUCAUCAUGUCGCUCUUUGGGAACAUGCUGGUGUGCCACGUGGUGCUGAAGAACAAGAGGAUGCACUCAGCCACCAGCCUUUUCAUUGUCAACCUCGCGGUCUCUGACAUUAUGAUCACGCUGCUCAACACGCCUUUUACCUUGGUUCGGUUUGUGAACAGCACGUGGAUCUUUGGGAAGGCCAUGUGCCACAUCAGCCGCUUCGUGCAGUAUUGCUCGCUCCACGUUUCCACGCUGACUCUAACAGCCAUCGCCCUGGACAGGCACCAGGUCAUUCUGAACCCACUAAAGCAAAGGAUGUCACUAACAAAAGGAGCGCUGAGCAUUUCUGUUAUCUGGCUGAUGGCAACCUGUUUCUCCCUGCCACAUGCCAUCUAUCAAAAGCUUUUCCAGUAUAACUACAGGGAAGCCACUGUCCGGAGCUUGUGCGUCCCUGAUUUUCCUGAGCCUGCAGAACUGGUCUGGAAGUAUCUGGACCUGUCUACCUUUCUCCUCCUCUACCUCCUGCCCCUGCUCAUCAUCACCGUCACCUACACACGCCUGGCUAAGAAGCUGUGGCUCCGCAAUGCCAUCGGAGACAUCACCACGCAGCAGUAUAUCACCCACCACAAGAACAAGAAGAAGAGCAUCAAGAUGCUGAUGCUGGUGGUGGUGGUCUUUGCCGUCUGCUGGUUCCCUCUCAACUGCUACGUGGUGCUCAUCUCCAGCCUAGGCAUCAAGACGAAGAACUCCCUCUAUUUUGCUCUGCACUGGUUUGCCAUGAGCAGCACCUGCUACAAUCCUUUCAUCUACUGCUGGCUGAACGAGAGCUUCCGCUCGGAGCUCAAGUCCCUGCUCUGCAUGUGCCAGAAGGUGCCCCAGCCUCGGGACAACGUGCUGCCGCCUGUGAUCACGUCCUGCCGAGAGGCAUGGAUGGAGCAGGCCAGGUGCAGGAAGGGACCUUCCUCCCAGACCAUUUGCUCCACUGUCAACGUCCAGACAGCCAACACCGAUCUGUGAGCCAAAGGGCAGAGAUCAAGCCCUGAGAAGUGGGAAUGCAGCUGGGCCAGCACCAGAGACCAUCCUCUUGCACUGCUGUAAAAAUUAGCAGAUUUGUUCAUGCUGAUACCCAGAGGGAGAAGAGGGAGAAAAACCCCCAAACGUCACACAGGAAGUUUGGAUGCAAAGUGCACACCUAGAAUUAGCAGCUGGAAAUUAACGAACAGACAGCCGCUGCCGUGGCCAGCAGAGAAGAGUUUCUCCCGCAAGUCAGGGAAGAUUGCUCUACCCUCUCACCAACCGAAAAGCAAACGCCCAUUUCCCUCAAGCUAUCACCUCCUACAUUGUGGUGGGGAGAAAAAUUCCUCUGAUCUCCCCAGAUUUUGGAUGAAGCCCAAGCAAGAGUACUGAAGGGAUAAGGACAGGGUUCUAAUGCCCAGCAUAGAGUCAGCUCUCAUCUUCAAGAUUCAAGGCUUUUCACAAAGCUGUCCUGUCCCACCGCUGCUCAGCAGUAGUCCCUACCCAAAUUCCGGGGAUGUUCCUACAUCCUGAGUUUGAUCUCCAAGCACACACGCCUUUCCAAUAACAGCCGCUCCACGUCGCUUGUCCUGAGCAGCUUCUGCAGGUACGCCAGCGGCAAUUUUGCUGUUGGCCAUACCACGUUUUGGGUGUCUGCGCAGGAACAGAACUGCAGUCCCUGGCAGAGCUGUCAGGACAAGCAGCCGUGCAGGAGCAGAUCCCCGGAUGCUGCCGAAACCCCGGUGCGGGUCUGCCUGAAGCACCGAGCUGCAUGAGGAGGGGGUGGCACGGGGUCAGCGUGCCCAGAGGAAGGCAUGCAGGAGGCUGUGCCUGAUGUGCUGCACUGCAGCAAGCCCUUCCGAAGGGGCUGCUGGAUGUCUCCCUCCAGAUCAAAGCCAAAGCAUUUCUUGCUUCACCUCCUGUCUCCCCUUACUGUAUUUACUCCUCUGCCCCCAGUAAUAGGGGUUAAAGUAACACCUUUGGUCUAUACAAAAAAGUUUUUUUCUCCUGUGAGUCAAGAGUGGCCAAUAAUGCCUUGUUUGGCAAUGCUAAACUGUGUGAUGGUCUCCGCAAUGAGCCGCCAGUGAAGAGCAGCUGUCACUUAUCAGAGGUGACAGGGAAAAAUAUAAUAAAUAAUCAAAAAAUAAUCAACGGGCUGAAUCCCACAGAACCCAAGUGCUUGGUUUUAUAACACAAUAGUCUGUCACUUGGAGAGGCCUUUUUUUUUUGUUUCUAUGACAGCCCUCAUAAAAAUCUCCUUGGCAGAUAAGAACAGACAAAUUGCUUUAUAAAAUCGGAAUGAUGGACCAUCUAAUUUGUCUGCUGGAGACAAAAACAAUUGCUUUAUGGAGUACCAUAAGAGACAAUCAUAGGGAGUGUCCCGUUUAAUGGAAUUCUUGCUUAUUGACUUGAAAUUAAUGCUGCUUUAGUGUAUAUAAGUUUAUAUCCUCACCAAGUGUCUUGUCUGUCUGACCUACCUGCAUGCUUUCCUGGUGCACUUAAGUAGCUAAUCCAUAUCAUGUCCUGGCAGGCUGUCGAACCUCGGCAAUCUCUUGCAGAAAGGAUUUCCACUCUGGCAAGGAGCUCUGCUGGGUACGUGUAGCUGGAAGCUACAGUGAUUUUCAAGACAUGAUGGUUGACAGCUUCAUGCCAUUCUAGCAGAACUGCACCAGAUGCUUCUGCCAGAUCCGCAAAGUCUUGUGGCUUCUUCUUCUUUUUUUAAUUGGUUGGAAACAGGAGUGCUGAGAGACUAACAGGCUGACUCCCGUCCUUACCCCUGCCCUCAGAGUGGUUCCAAAGAAUGUUUUUCAAUGUGGUGAUAGGCGCUUUAUGUACAUAAAUGUAUAUAAAGACUUUGUUCAAAUCCUCACUUGUAGCCAGCUCUAGUAUGGUAAUCAGUGUAAUUCCAAGGCUGCCAGACUUUGGAUGUUGUUAAGGGGAUAAUUUAUGAUACAUUGCAAAAAUGAUGGUGGGUAAGCAUUUGAGCAGCAGAUCUUGUUCCUUUUCUCAAGACAGAAAUGAUUGCUGGCUGCCACAUCUUGUCUUGGGCAAUUUCAAACAGGAGUUAAGUGACCAAUGACCUAAACCUAGAUUCUUUCUCCCUUCAUUGCUCUCAAAUCCUGUUUGCCUUGGCUCUGAAGGGGAACAGGGGGGAGUGUGUUGGAGAGGCUUGUCCC